GGCAGCACAGCUAUUAAAAAGCAUCCUCAUGAAGCAUCAUAGAAUCUCAAGAACCAAAGCGUUCCCUAUCCAAACUCACGAGGACGACGAGGAAGCUGAUCAUGAUAGGGUCAAUCGGCGCUGAGUUUCCUACUCUAAAAAUGCCAGAUGGCAACGACAUCCCAGUGGUUGCCUACGGCCUAGGUAGCGCUCGACAGAGGGGGCCCGGCAAGCCGCGAGACGAGACACUUGUGAGGCUGACCGAGAUGGCCCUUUCUUGUGGCUAUCGACAUGUUGAUGGCGCCCAAAUAUACGGCAACGAGGAGGAACAAGGCGAUGGCAUAAGAGCGUCUGGGGUUCCCAGGGACAAGAUCUUCGUCACCACCAAGUAUUCAGGCGCGGACCCAAGGACAUCCAUCACGACGGCUUUUGCAGGCUCGCUCGAAAGACUUGGCCUAGACUAUGUGGAUUUGUAUUUGAUUCACAUGCCGUACUGGGCUUCGACCAAAGAAGAGCUGCAGCAGCAGUGGGCUGAAAUGGAAGCCAUCAAGGAAUCUGGCAGAGCCAAGUCAAUUGGUGUAUCCAAUUACUUGCAAGAGCACCUGGAGGUCAUUCUCGCCGCGGCCAAAAUCAAGCCUGCCAUCAACGAGAUCGAGUACCACCCGUAUCUUCAGCAAAACGGCCUCCUCGAGUUCCAUCGCACGAACGACAUCGCAGUGUCCUGCUACGGCGCUUUGGUGCCAUUGACCAAGGCUCCCGGGGGCCCUGUCGACGGCCUGUGGAGCGAGUUGGCGCGCAAAUACAACGUGACGGAAUCCGAGAUCGGAUUGAGAUGGGUUCUCGACCAGGGCUGUGUUGCUGUGACCACAAGCUCUAGAAAGGAGAGGCUUGAAGGGUUUGUCCGCAAGCUGCCAACCUUCAAACUGACCGAGGAUGAGAUUUCCGAUAUCGCGGCAUUGGGCAGGAAGAGACAGCGUUUCCGUGGGUAUUUGAGAAAGUAUUUCGACCCUGUUGACCAGAAGCUCGGUCACUCGAUCGACUACUAGAUAGUUGACGCUCCCUUGGCGCACCCGAGGAUUCCGUAUUCAAAGUUCAUCGUCCGAAGCAGUCUCGCUCCCCUCGCCUCCAGGUACUGCGGGUGUUGGUUUCUUCGCAGUGAAUGGCAAGCUUCUUUUGGGCGGCGGCUGUGCACUUUUCUUCUGUUGCUGUGCCGCUGCGCUGGACCCUCCU